AUGGCCGUUAAAAAGAAGACAAACUCUCUUAGAGGUAAAGCCGCUACCCGUGCCGUCAGCUCUGCUGCCAAAGCCCAGAAUGCCGAGGCAACCGGCAUCACCGAACUAAAAGACUUGAACCCGUUCUUGCACCAACUCAAACAGACCAAGAGAGACAAGAUGUUGACCAAAGCCACUGAGUUCAUCGGGAAGUUAAAGUCUGGUAACACCUCUGGGCAGAUCUCCAAGUCCUCCUUGAGAAGACAGAAACGUAAGGUCAAGGAACAGUUGAAGCCAAAGAUGGAGGACUUGUUAACUUCCUUGCCCCUGAAUUUGCUCGAGACCGCCGAAACCACCAGAAUCGUCGCCGCCCCAACCGCCCAGUUCGUUAACAAGCUGGUUAAGAACAAGCCUAGCAUAAUGAAAAAGAAGGGCUCUUUGAAGAUUAUCCAGGAAGAAACAAUCAAGUUCCAUAGUGUGUUGAGUGACAAGUCUUUUAGAGCCAAUCCUAUGGAUGCCAUGAGACAAUCCUUGCUCGCCCAGCAGCAGCAGAAAUAA